CGGAAGGCACUGUGCAGGGCUCCGGGGUGCAGGGCGCUCGGGCGGACAGGCUGUGGGGCCAGGCCGGCUCGGGAGGGCUGAACCAGGGCUGCGGGGGCGCCCCGGAACCGGCCCCUCCGCACGGGCCACCGGCGGGGGCGGGAGAGGAGGGGGGCCGCGCCCUGCCGGGCCAGGUAGCGUCUCCGGGGCGGAGUUUGGGAACCGGCCGCGGAGCUUCCCGGCGGGACCGGCGGGCGGGCGGGCGUGGAGGGACAGAGGCCGCGGAGACCGGGUGGAGAGGGGGCGCGGGGGGCGCACCGGACGGGCCAGCGCGCCGGGCCGCCAGCAUGUUCUCCCGCAACCACCGGAGCCGGGUCACCGUGGCCCGGGGCUCGGCCUUGGAGAUGGAGUUCAAACGCGGCCGCUUCCGACUCAGCGUCUUCAGCGACCCGCCCGAGCUCCCGCCAGGGCCCCGGGGCAGCGGUAGGCAAGAGAGGUUUGUCCCAGCAGCAGAGGGGUCUGACAGGAGUGCAGAGGGACACGGAGUGCCCUCCACCCUCUGUCCCAAGAGCUGCCCAGGGGAGCAGUGGGAGGAGGAGUUGCGGGGCAACGUGGUGCCUGCCGGCCCCUUCCACCUGGAGGGGUUGACACGGGAAGGGGCGCUAGGGGGCACAGAGAUGCAGGACAGAUUGCACAUCCUGGAGGACCUGAAUAUGCUCUACAUUCGGCAGAUGGCGCUCAGCCUGGAGGACACCGAGUUGCAGAGAAAGCUGGACCACGAGAUCCGCAUGAGGGAAGGGGCCUGCAAGCUGCUGGCAGCCUGCUCCCAGCGGGAGCAGACCCUGGAGGCCACCAAGAGCCUGCUGGUGUGCAACAGCCGCAUCCUCAGCUACAUGGGCGAGCUGCAGCGGCGCAAGGAGGCGCAGGUGCUGGGGAAGAGCGGCCGGGGGCCUUCUGACGGCGGCCGGCUGCUGGCUGAGCGCUCCCCCUGCCGAGGCCGCGUCUGCAUCUCUGACCUCCGGAUCCCGCUCAUGUGGAAGGACACAGAGUAUUUCAAGAACAAAGGCGACCUGCACCGCUGGGCCGUGUUCCUGCUGCUGCAGCUGGGGGAGGACAUUCAGGACACAGAGAUGAUCCUGGUGGACAGGACCCUCACGGACAUCACCUUUCAGAACCAUCUGAUCUUCACCGAGGCAGGGCCGGACUUCAGGCUGCGGCUGGAGCUGUACGGGGCCUGCCUGGAGGAGGACGGGGCCCUGGCCGGGGCCCCCAGGAGGCUCGCCACCAAACUCAGCAGCUCCCUGGGCCGCUCCUCUGGGAGGCGCGUCAGGGCGUCGCUGGAGAGCGCGGGGGGCUCGGCGAGCAGCCCGGUCCUGCUCCCCACCCCAGCUGUGGGGGGUCCCCGCUACCACCUCCUGGCUCACACCACGCUCACCCUGGCCGCAGUGCAAGAUGGGUUCCGCACACAUGACCUCACUCUCGCCAGCCACGAGGAGCACCCUGCCUGGCUGCCCCUCUAUGGCAGUGUGUGUUGCCGCCUGGUGGCUCAGCCGCUCUGCAUGACGCAGCCUACUGCCAGUGGCUCCCUCAGGGUGCAGCAAGCUGGGGAGCGGCAGGACUGGGCGCGAGUGCACGGAGUCCUGAAAGGCACGAACCUCCUCUGUUACCGGCAGCCUGAGGAUGCAGAUGCGGGGAAAGAGCCGCUGUUUACUAUCGCCAUCAACAAGGACACUCGAGUCCAGGCAGGGGAACUGGACCAGACCACAGGCCGGCCCUUCACUCUGAGCAUCAGUAACCGAUAUGGGGAGGACAAGGUGACACACACCCUUCAGGCAGAGAGCCGGGGAGCCCUGCAGAGCUGGAUGGAAGCUCUGUGGCAGCUGUUCUUCGACAUGAGCCAGUGGAAGCAGUGCUGUGAUGAAAUCAUGAAAAUUGAAACCCCGGCUCCCCGGAAACCCCCCCAGGCACUGGCCAAGCAGCGGUCCCUGUACCAUGAGAUGGCUAUUGAGCCUCUGGAUGACAUCGCCGCAGUGACAGACAUCCUGGCCCAGCGGGAGGGCGUGAGGCUGGAGACGACCCCACCCUGGCUAGCCAUGUUUGCAGACCAGCCUGCCCUGCCUCGCCCCUGCUCGCCUGCCUCAGUGGCCCCAGCUCGGACCCACCCCCCGUCCUGGGGACGCCCCAGAACAUUCUCCCUGGACGCUGUGCCCCCAGACCACUCCGCUGAGGCCCCCCGCUUGGUUGCCCCUCUCCCCCCGCACCGAUCCCCACGUUCUAGAGGCCUCGGCCGCAAAGGCUCCCCCCGCACGUGGCUCCAGUCCCCGGUGUGAGAACGGUGCUGGCAACGGGAUCUGGCCAGGAGAGGAGAGGACCCGUGCGCACUGGGCCCUGGAGGCGGUGCCGUCUGCAGCAGGCUGGCCGGCGUGGCCUCCCUUCCUCAGCUGGACUGGGGGUAGGUUGGGAUGGGGAGCAGAGGCCCCUCUUAAGCUAUGGUUGUCAUGGUGCUGAGGGACUCAUUCCCGGGGCUGGCUGGGACCCCCUGAAUCCUUCCUGGGAGAAAACUGGAACCAACCCUGCCCUACCUCCUGCACUAACCAGCUUUGAGGAUGGCACUGGAGAGCGCUGGGAAGGAACACGCCUUCCUUGUGACUCCAUCAAGCAUUAAAAUUAUUUAACAGCA